GCCCUUUCUACUGACACCGCUGUGGGCGAUAUAUUUGUCCGGAGUCGCGGUACUUUCUCGGAUCAUUCUCCCGCCCGAAAGUCGGUUAGCAGUGCCUAUUAACCCCCGCGGCUCUCGGCUAUGUAUACGCGGGACGUGCUGUAAACAAACGCGUGGAGACCUUGCGUUAUUGUUCGGGCCGACGUUAAUUAUGAGCAAUACGUGUUAUUUUAUUGAAUAGUGCACGACUGUUGGAUGUGCGCUAAUAUGGGUUAUAUAAACUAUUCCGAAUCUGUCUAUAAAUAGUUUCCCUCGGAAUUUCAGCCACAAAGGAUGAAGUUCUCAGAGGGCGAGCAAGUCCUCGCGAAAAUGCCGAGUAGCGACGAUUAUCAAAAAGCGAGAAUUGUAAAUGUUAAGGGCAACAAAUAUAAAGUACUCUUUAGGGGAGGAGAGGAGUAUACGGUCAACGAGACAGAUCUCAAGGCUCAAAGAACUUCCAGGAGCCAAACUAGAAGUAGAGGUAGACCUAGUGGAAAAAGCCCUUCCAGAAGUAGUCCCAGUCGGAGAUCCCCAGCUCGUAAGUCUCCAGCUAGAUCACCCAAUUCUCAGUCUAGAAAAUUACCUGUACGUAAUGCCAGACAAGCUAAAAUCUCUAUUGCCAGAUUAGAGAUACCAAAAGAUAAUUCGAGCGAUACUGAUAGGACGGAAGGAUCUGAAAGCUUAAAGGAUGAAUUUGUGGAGCCACCCAUUCAGUCGCGAUUAAGAGAACUUGGACCAAUUACCCGACGUUCUAUUCGCAUUAUGUCUGGUGUGGCCAAGGCAGAACACGAUCACAAGUUAAUGAUGCUAACGAGAAACAUUGACAGAGCCGCAUCUCUUCCAGUAGAAAGAAAAGCUCAGUACAAUGCAUUAUCGGAUGGUAAAGAAAGAGGACUGUCCGUACAACCAGAAGAAAAUGACUUGAUUUUCCAGGAUAUUAUGAAAUCUAUUCAUUAUGAAGAUUUUGAUUUAGAAACAUUUUCUGAAGGAAAAACUAAAGAAAUAGACUUUCUGAGUAAACCCCAAGAAUGGGGUGGAUGGAUUGGCGCCCUAUUGCUUAUAAUUGCAAUACCAGUUUGCACUAUUCUAUUACAAAUUGCUUGUUCAAACAACCAUUGCAGUUCCAAGAAAUUUCAUGUUUCACUUUAUAAAGAGUGGAAAUUAUUUUUAAAUCUUGAAGCAUUUUUAUCAUACGCGGGAUUUCUAUGUUUUGUGGCUAUAAUAUCAGUUCUACCAAUUGGUAGGCUAAUCGAUGGGCAACAGAGUAUAAUUGGUAGACUGCAAUAUCGAAUCAAUGGGAUAUGGAUUUUAAUCUUGUCAUUAAUAAUUUUUGGAGGAUUUGUAUACAAAGGCUAUAACAUCAGUGACUUUUUAAUAAAAAAUUCACUAUCAUUAUCAGUAGCUGGAUUGACUUAUGGAAUACUUCUUGCUGUGGCUUUAUACGUCAAAGGCGGCAGAAUGCCAGUUUCUAAUCUUAACAUAUAUGGUUCCACAAAUAACAUAAUAUACGAUUUUUGGCAAGGUAGAGAAAUAAAUCCACGACUUGGACCCUUGGACUUUAAGUUGAUACUUCUUCGCUGUGCUUUAAUAGGAACGAUUUUAAUUAAUUUGGCCGCCAUAGUAAAGAUUAAUCAAUCUAUAGCUCCAGAAUUAAAUAAUUUGAAUUACAUCGCUAUUGAGGUAGCACUAUUACAAAUAGUUCAUGCAGCAGAUAAUCUGGUAUUUGAAUCAUCGGCAGUUACAUCCUUUGAAAUAACAUACGAGGGUACGGGCUUUAUGUUGAUAACCAGAUAUCUAACAUAUCCAUUUUUAGCCACUUUAACAACGAGAUAUUUACUGACCAACAAAAUCAACAAAUCUAUAUAUCUAAUAGGUUUAUUUACAGUUUUCUUUUGUGUUGGAUAUGCAAUCUAUAGAGUAAGCAAUUCCAUGAAGGAUAAAUUCAGAAAAAAUCCUUUCGAACCAUCUUUAUCCCAUUUGGAAACUAUACCGACCAAGCGUGGCAAGCGUUUAAUUGUUUCCAGAUUGUGGGGUCACGUGAGGCAUCCGAAUUACCUUGGUGAUAUUAUAAUGCAUUGGUCGAUUUCUUGUCUAAGUUUUGCCACUGACUUUUUGCCGUAUAUUUUUGCCAUUCAACUUACACUGCUAUUGAUCCACCGAGCAGUAAGAGACAACGCUCGAUGUGGACUUCGAUACGGAUAUGCGUGGAAACAAUAUUGUUCGCGUGUCAAGUACAUGAUUCUUAAUCGGGUAUUUUAAUAAUGCGUUAAGAGAAAUGAAAAAAAAAAGGAAGAAAUUACCAACCAUGUACGUCGAUGUACACUUUGAGAAGCAUUUAUGAAUUAUAAAUAUUUUUUAAAUUUAAUUGACAUGAUGCUCCUUAAAUUAUUGCAUCAAAAUGAGCGGAAACUCAUUAGGAGUUAUCGUUUUAUUCGAAGUAUUACAAAUAAAUGCGAUUCAAUGCGUCUAGACGGAAGUGACACCUUUAGCGGCCUUAGUGAAUGAACUUUAGACGGGUCGCAUCGACUGUGCUAAGUUAAACGAAGCUUUUUAAUUAAGAUAAUCAAAAAGCAAACUCGUUUGCAUAUCGGAUCUCGUCAUAAAAUGUUUAUAAAUACCUGAGCUAAAAGUUAAGGAUGUUUUAAAAAAUCGGUAGAUUUUUCAGAAAAGUAUUUGUGCAUGACAUUUAAUUAUAAAUAAGCGAUAAGAGGUUUUAUACUUUUUUUAUACAAAUAUAUAUA